AUGGGAUCUAUUUCGUCCACUCCGUCUCAGAAGUCCCCCGUCUUUCCUACGCCAUCUCUUCUCCCUUCAGACAUAGUGGCAGUCAGACCCGAGGGGGACGAGGCCAAAGUCCUCAAAUUUCCCGACCUCGUGAAGUCAAUACCGUUCCCCCUUCGAUUGAAUCCCUACAUCCGGUUCGUAUCUGCCGAGUCCGAUGCAUUCAUCAUCGAAUACGCGAAUUUUUCGGAGAAGCAGCGCAACAGGUUCAUUGGCUUGAACGCAGGUCUCCUCUGUGGGAUGUGCUACGCAGAGUGCGGCCCCGAGCAGCUCCGAGUCUGUUGCGACUUCAUGAGCUUUCUGUUCAACCUCGACGACUGGAGUGACGAGUUCGACACGGCUGGCACCAAGGGUCUCGAGGAAGCGGUCAUGAACACCCUGUAUCACCCGGACACCUAUGUCUCUGAUACUGUGGCUGCUAGGACUGCUAGAUCAUGGUGGACAAGGAUGCUCAAGACUGUCGGCCCCAGAUGCCGCCAGCGGUUCGUGGAGACGCUCGGGUUCUACUUCAAGGCUAUUCUGCAGCAAGCUGCUGAUAGGUCAUCUAAGAGCAUUCCGGAUCUCGAGACGUACAUUUCUUUGCGUCGCGAUACGAGUGGUUGCAAGACGGGAUUUGCUUUGAUCGAGUAUGCCGCUGGCAUUGACCUUCCAAACGAGGUCGUCGAUCAUCCUAUAAUCCAGAGUCUUCUGGACGCGACAAACGAUUGCGUUAGCUGGGCUAAUGAUAUUCUAUCCUACAACAGAGAACAGUCACGAGGGGAUACGCAUAACCUCGUCCCUGUAAUCAUGCAGACUGUCGGUAUCGACCGUCAGGCGGCGAUCGACUACGCAGGUGACCUCUGCAACAAGACGGUGGAACACUUCCUCGAGGGCAAGGCCGCUUUGCCGUCUUGGGGCAAGGAGGUCGAUGCCCAGGUCGAGCAAUACGUGCAGGGUCUGGAAGAUUGGAUCAUUGCGAAUGCGGAGUGGAGCUUCAUGACCGAGCGAUACUUCGGCAAAGACGGACCCAAGAUUAGGAAGGGGUUGCAGCUCUCAUAUCGGCAACUAAGAAGUCACUUACCCAGUGACUGGUCUGCUCACCCCAGGAUCUCGUUCACGUUGGCCGUUGGGCCAGGAGCCGUGAUGGAGGAUCAUACGGUAUGCCGUGUUGGCGUAAGCAAGCUUAGCCAGGGCUCUUCCUGA